AUGCACAUCUUGUCAACGGUGGCCCGAUCCAUCACGUCACGAAGCCUAGCACGCGUCGAACAGAUUCAAUCAAAUCAUGGCACGUAUGCCCGGUUUUUCACGUGCUCCUGCUCCCUGUGUGGUGCAGAGGCGCCUCGUCCAUCAGAAGACGGCAUGCACCACUCCCGCUUGACGCUGCCUGGCAGUGGCCCCGUCAUUGUCGAGCACAGCAAGGGAGGAGUCAACCAAGCUGGAGCUUCUGAGUCUCAAGCGGUCCAAGGCCCCGCACCGAACCCGAACCCGCCACCCAAGCCGAAGUUGCUGUCGAGACCGAGGGCUGGCGCACCGGCGCCGCGGUGGAAGCGCAACUCGCUUACUGCGCAGGCGAGGGCUGGGAAAUGGGGCGGGUUUCAUCAGGAGCAGGGUGCGCCAGCUUCUGGGCACGUUGUCGACGGGGGGCUGGUCGCGUGCGAUGGACAUUGGUCGAACGUCGAUCCUGUCGUUGAGGGAAACCUGGAGCUGGGUCUGGAGACUUCUCUGUCAAAGAAUGUUGGCGACAAUUCAGAAGAGGUGGGGGCAAAAGAGGUGCCACCCGAGGUUUUGAUAGAACAACCUGUCUUGUCAAAUCCACAACAUGGACAGAACGCGGCGUCUAUAUCAACCAGCAAACGGGGGAAAGAAAGGACCAGAGCGGUUCCUAGAACCAGAUCUCGGAGCAGCGGGCCCAGGAGCGCUGCAAGAUCGGGAACUGGGAGCUGGGGAAACUUUUUCGAAGAUAUCGAGAGGAGCGAUCCUGAGAUCACCAUGAUGACAGGCAGCGAAGAGGAAGCAGAUGCUCCGGCGCCAUCCCGUAGCACCGCUGACGAUACCGCUUCAUCAUCCGCUUACGUUUCUUCUGAGUGGGACGCUACAUACGGUACUAAUGUAUACCCCGAACCAACACCAGACCUUUAUGAGGAUAUUCUACCUCUGCCUUCGAGGCCCCACGAACCCAAUGCCUCAAAAGCCGAAGAUAUCCCAGCUCUCUCCCCCCGCGCAGGACCCGGAUUUAUCACCCAGGCAGAGGCCGCCGCCCUCAUCGAUAGACUCUCGCACCAGAGGCGUAAGAGGAGGGUCCCGACUAGGAAUACACCCGGGCUCAGCCCCGGGGAAGCAGAGUCCAGAGACUCAUCAACGCAACGACAUCCAGACCAACACCAGCCAGCAGUUCAAGAGGAUAUGACGAUAAUGUCCAGACAGCAAGCGCUAUACGUCCUGCUCCAGGAGCCUGUGGAACCGGUGCCUCGGGACAUCAAUGAGCAAGAGCAUGCUACCAUCAAGGAAGGGCGAAGAUGUCAUUCAGACAUCGUUUCCGCAGACCAACGUCUCACAGAACAACUGCAGAAAGGCGUGUGGAAGUACUCCGCGAAGAAGAACGUCGCGCUCACAAAAAAGCACGUCGGGCAGAUGAACGUCGCGCUGCAGAGUUUCGCACGCUAG